GGAAUGUGGGAUUUUGACUGUGACGACUCUAAAGAUGACGAUUUGGACGACGAGGCCAUGAAAGAACCCACGUGGGUUUGUUUUGGAGACAACUUGGCCACCGCGAAGGGUCUGGCUCGGUUGGACUGGACGCAGGUAGUAGAUCUUCGCUAGAACGUUAUCCAGUAUAGUAUGAUAGAAGUACUAAAACGCAUUUGGAAGUACUAUCAGAAUAUCAUUCAGUACAAUUGAUAUCCAC